AUGAAUUUCAUAGACUACAUUAUGCGAUACGAGUCCGAUCCGGAUGUGAAGUUCAUUGUAUUAUUGGGAGAAGUCGGAGGGGCUGAAAAAUACGAAGUACGUGAAGCUCUGAAGGCAAAGAGAAUGACAAAACCAUUGAUCGCCUGCUGUAUUGGAACCUACUAUAUGCUAGUAUGUUUAAGUCCGAUGUUCAAUUUAGACACGCUGGAUCGUUCGCGAAAUGCAAUGUGGAGAUUGCCCUUUGCUAAAAACACCGCUGUAAAAGAAGCCGGCUGUUAUGACAAUCCCGCUGAUUGCGCUUCCAGAGGUCUCUUCCCAGAAGAAUUGAAGGAUCAUCCCUUAUGGUGGCAUGGUCCACAAUGGCUGACCAAACAUUCUGCCAGUUGGCCAGAAUCAAGGUCCGUUUUGUCUCAAGAUAUGGACCUUGCGUGGUGUAAGAAAGUUACUCAUCAUACUAUGAAGCAGGCUAAGCAACCCUUCGACCUAGCUGAUAGGUUUUCGUCUUGGCCAAAAUUGUUGAGAGUGACUGCCUAUUGUCUUCGAUUUUUUACAGCUUUCAUGAUUAAGGUGGGUAGGUUACCGAAGUCUGCGUUCCAACAUGAGACAUUGGCUCUCUCGUCAGUAGAGAUUCAGCAAGCUUCCUUGUAUUGGAUCAGGAGAAUUCAAAAGGAGAACUUCGAACCUGAGUUGUGCGCCCUUCAACAUGACAACCAGAUAAAACAGAGCUCGUCUUUAAAAACGUUAUACCCAUUUUUAGAUGCAUCUGGUGUACUGCGUUUGGGGGGACGUUUAGAUAAUGCCCCAAUUAGUUACGAUGAAAAGCAUCCUAUUAUAUUGCCGCGUCAUCGAAUAAGUGAGCUAAUCGCUCAUCAAUCACACAUUAGAUCAUUGCAUGGUGGUAUGCAACUUACUUUACGCACGUCACGACAGAGAUUUUGGGUGUUAGGAGCUCGCACGCUUGUCAAGAGAUUGAUUUAUGUCUGUGUUUUAUGCGUGCGUCAGAGAACUACUCUUUCUCAACAGCUGAUGGGUAGUCUUCCGAAUUUUCGGACCACUCCAAGUCGUCCCUUUACACAUACUGGGGUUGACUAUGCGGGUCCUUUCAACGUACGCGUAUCACCGGGGAGAGGGCAAAAGAGUUACAAGAGUUACGUAGCCUUAUUCGUCUGCUGCGUGACUCGGGCCAUACAUUUUGAACUUGUUUCAAAUUACUCCUGUGAAGCUUUUCUAGCAGCUUACCAUCGCUUUACAAAUCGUCGUGGAUUACCAGCUCACAUGUACAGUGACAAUGGUACCACAUUUCAGGGAGCUGAAAGAGAAUUGCGUAAUUGCCUUUUAAAUCAACGUAAAGAUUUAAACUUGCAGAAUCAAAUCGCCAGCCAAGGAAGUACUUGGCAUUUCAUUCCGCCUUCUGCACACCAUUUCGGGGGAAUGUGGGAGGCUGGAGUGAAGAGCUUCAAGCAUCACUUUCGCCGAAUAGUGGGCUCUAGAACUCUUACUUUCGAAGAGUUUUAUACUACUCUUAUGCGAAUUGAGGCAGCUCUUAAUUCUCGUCCAAUAGGACCGUUGUCGGAUAAUAGCGAAGAUUUAACGUAUUUGACCCGUGGGCACUUUUUGAUUGGUGCACCGCUUUUGAGUCCCCCUGAACAAUCGGUCGAAUUUGUUUCUGAGAAUCGGCUAUCUCGUUGGCAGGUAAUUCAACAAAUUGUGGAGACCUUUUGGCGAAGCUGGGCUACUGAAUAUUUGCACUAUUUACAGCGCCGAUAUAAGUGGACUCGUGAACAAUCUAACCUUAAGAUUGAUGACUUAGUAUUGAUGCGCAAUGAUGGUCUCCCUCCAACUAAAUGA